AUGGCCGCCGUUGAUGACGACACAGCCCGCGAGAGGGCCGAGGCCGUGGCCCGCGCCAUCUCCUACUGCAAGGACACGCUCCGGCGGUCGUCGAUGCCCCCGCCGCCGUCUCCCUCGCCUAGCCUUGACGACUGGCUCCUCGACGACAGAGACAGACAAGAGGUGAAGAUCAUCGCAAGCGCUGCUGAGCAGCACUGCGACGAUUGCAGGACCAGGGACUCGCGGCCCUCGCCGACGCGUUCUCGCCGCGACCAGGACGCCGGCUGGCCCAUCCGGGUGCAGACGAUGGCGAAGCGAUUCAAGGAGUCGCCAUGCUCGUCCUCUCCAAGCCGGUACCGGGACGGUUCGCUCGCCGAGACCGCCGCCGUCGCGCACGGCGAGGAGUCACCGCAUCACGGCCACGGUUGCCGUGGCGAGCCGAUGAGCAGCUUGGACGAGUUGGAGUUUCUGAAAACAUUCGAUGGGGACGAGGAGAUGAUCAAUCGCCAUUUCAUCACUGUGGAGAUCCCAAGAAGCGGCUCUCGAGCGUUCAGGAAGCAGAGUCCGCUCGAUACGAAAAGGAAGCGAUUAGAUAUGAAAAGAAAAAUUCGUGUCAGCGUAAUAGAACCGACACUGAACGGCUGGAGGUAUGCCAAACUUUCCUUUAAUAUAGCAGGCAUUUGA